CCCAACCGUCAGAUUGAGGCAACACCUUUCACGAAUUCCUCACUACCGUGUGAACACCAUGGCUUUGGGUUGCCUUGGGUUGGGGUAUUUGCCUUACGGCCGGGACGUGGAGAUGUGGACUUAUGGGCUGCCUUAGACUGUAGUCCCACUUCCGCGGAAUUUCCUUCGUGGUGUUGUGCAACCAAGCUACCACCAACGACAGACAAGCUUUUAUGAAAAGCAGGCAAAUGCGGAUAAGCAAUGACGAGGACUACAUUCUCAGCCUCGAUGUUGCAUCAUAGCCCGCCGCUGGACAAUGCCCUCGCAACAUCUCGCGAGGCUUGCUGGAUUGAGUGUGUUCUAUGCUGAUCCGAUUGGCCCGUAUGAGAUCGACGAGGCCACCAGCCUCGUGCACAUUUCCCUUCCUGGACAUUUUGAGGACCGAAGCCUCCGCUAACAUCUCAACCGGGUCCACUUCUGACUGCGAGGGACCCUGAUAUUCAUGUUGGGCGGCCAGUAUGCCAGAGAACGUGUCUGGCUUGACCUGCUCUGUAGGUAUGGAAAGAACCGCCCCAUCUGAUACUGCUAUACCGACUCAGCAAUGCGGUGAACCUAAAGGCCGAAAGAGCAAGCAAAGCAGUACGUAUGGACAAGGCAUAUAAAGGCCGAAUUGUCCUCCAUGCAGCCAUCAUGGUUCAAACAACAAACCCGUUCCAAACCACUCUUCAACCGCCGUCGCCGAAACUGAAAUCCAAAGCGACAUGGAAAUCAAGAUGCACGCUUUCCACACCUGUUUCCUCAUAUUGGGAAUAAUCUACAAUUCACUGGCCUACGAUCUCACAAGCUAUGCUCCGGUGCGCACAUCAUGUCCCAACCGUCGGCAAUGGGUCCGUCCGGCGCAAGGCUUGUCUUCGGAAGAGGCGGCUUGGGUGCAAGGCCGUAAACCUGUUGUUCUUGAUGCCUUCAGCGCAUAUCUGAAGAGGCUUAACAUCACCGACUUGGAUGUCUCUGGAUUGGUCAACGCCAUGAAGAAGGACAACAACUCUGGCGUCCCUAUCAUCUCAAUGGCUAUCAGCGGAGGUGGCUGGGGUUCUGCAAUGACAGGCAUCGGCAUAUUGCGCGCGUUCGACGCUCGAUUCGCAGACGCCAUCAACGAGCAAACCGGCGGGCUGCUUCAGAGCAUGACAUAUAUUGCUGGGUUGUCGGGCGGAUCGUGGCCGGUCAUGUCCCUUUCUACCUACAACUUUCCAUCCAUCAACGACCUGGUCGCCAACUGGCAUACCGACAUUGAUCGCUCUACUGCAAACAAUAGAGUGUACGCCGCAAAUACGACAUCUCUAUUCAUGGACGUUGCGGCCAAGUACGAGGCAGGGUUCAAUGUAAGCGUACCAGAUUAUCUCGGUCGCUCAUUCAGUUAUGAGGUUUUGCCUCCUCCCAAUGGAGGCUUGAACAUCACGCUUUCCAGCAUCACCAACCUGAGCAACUUCAAAAACCAUUCCAUGCCUAUGCCUCUUUUCCAAGCCAAUCGCCUGACGGAUGACGACAUUGAGUUUUUCGGCAUCAAGGUGCCAUACGGCAACAGCAGCAUUAUUGAGAUGAACCCAUUUGAGUUUGGAGCCUGGCAAGGAUCGGCCGGCUCCGCGACUGGGUUCAUGCCAACAGAGUACCUGGGAACGGCCCUCCAGAACGGCAGUUUGAGCAAUAGCUCCGAGUGUGUGGUAGGAUAUGACAGGGCCAGUUUCAUGAUGGGCGUUGCAGCGAGUGCCUUCAACUUCUGGUACAUUGAAGCGCGUUCAAAUGGGACUUUGGCGUCCUUUUCCAAGCGAGCAGUCCAAUUGGCAGAUCCUGCUAAGCACCAGAAUGGCAAACGAACAGCCAUCUCCCCAGCCGAAGUGGUCGACGAACUUCUGGACUCGUAUCAAGAAUAUCUGAACCUGUCCACCACCGAAUCCAUGUACCCGUCGGUCCCCAAUCCGUUUGCCGGUAUGCAAGAAUCGAAUGGCCCCGAGCCUUCCAGCCUCCAACUUGCAGAUGGCUCUGAAGCCGGCCAAUCCAUCCCGUACUAUGGGUUGAUCCAGCCUUCACGACAGUCGGACUUUAUCAUCUCAUGGGACAGCGACAGUGACCAGCCUCCAUUCAGCUGGAACAACGGCACCAACAUCUACAACACAUACCUCCAAGCUCGACGGAACGGCCUUCCGUUCCCCGAAGUGCCGCCUCCCUCAACGUUCAUCAAGCGCAACUAUACCAGCAAGCCGGUGUUUUUCGGCUGCGACACGCAGUACACCACCACGCACAACACCUCGAGUCCUAUCGUGCUGUACCUCACUAAUACCCCUUAUAGCGCAUACACCAACUACACCUGGUACCAGGACACGUUCACGCCGGUGCAGAUGCAUGAGAUCCUCGUGAACUCGUUCGAUAUCGCUACGCAGGGCAACGGCACCCUGGAUGCCGAGUGGGCUCAGUGUAUUGGAUGCGCCGCUAUCGAUCGCAGCAUCGCCCGUCUGGGAAUCCAGCGCGUCGACCAGUGCGAAAAGUGUCUGCGACAGUAUUGCUGGGAUGGCACCUAUGAGAACGAGGCUGAUAUUCCACUCGUGGAUCUGCCUUUGAAGCUUUAUCCGAACGUCACUUAUGCGGAAUGGAAUGCCACGCACGGAUGGGACGAAAACUAAAGAUUAAAGCUUCUGCUCUCUUGAUCUGGAAGCAGUGGAGUGAUAUUAUGGUUGUGCGGAGUUGGGUCGACACGGAAAGGAAAAAGGGCAUAAUAAUCAAAGAAUGGUAAUUCAAUGCAGGGAAAUACCGAUGAAACUGAAUCGAGUUUCUAACACGGACGAUAACGCUGGAGCACUGUGCCGAUUCACUAAUAUCAUCCCAUACAUACUGUACCAGCUACCUUACAUCGCAACCAUGACUUCAGCAGGCUGGUACGAGAACACCCUGAAAGCCAACCAAUGUCGUUCCCUUACAUUUGCACUCUAAAUCCAUGUGGUAUUCUUUCAAGACCAACUCCACCGACAGGCACUUGUCAUCCGCUGCUGCCACACGUUCACACAGGUAACUAGUAUCGAUACCAACCCCGACCAUCCUAACCAAUCUGCCACCAAAAGGCACGGGACGGUGGAAGAGCCGCGCUUGGACUUCAUGCAUGCACGCAUGCUUGCAUGUUUGCUUCCCUCCCUGCCAAUAAUAGUCACAACCUGAACCUCUUGAUACUGCCCAUCGGAUGCCGAUUGAUGGUCGAUUCAAAUCCCCGGACCACAUUGGAGAGUCCAAUGGAAUGCCCUGCCGUGCCAUGCUCUGCACUCUGCUCCGGCUGCUUGUGGACUUUAUCCGUGCGAGAAGGGCCAUCAGCUGCUCAAGUCUCGAGCUGAAACAAUACAGUACGCCGGAGAGUCGUGCCAGUACCCUGAAAUCUCUCAAUAGGACGCCUAUGACCAUGCUGUGAUGCGUGACUUGGGUCUGAAUCUCUCGCGAGCCAAAUCGAACCUCGUCUCGUGCAACAAUGCAGCCUUCGGAAGCUCAUGACUGAGUCUUAUAAGGGGCGCGAUAGUGGUUUGGCCGGGAAUGGAGUGCCAACCCAACCUCUCGCGGUCUCGAUCGUCCAACAGCAGUCUUGAAGCCUUUUCAAGGAGACUAGAGGACAUGCAACCGAGACUUCCACGUGUUGCACGGCAGCCCUCUCAGAGACGAGCAGUAGAGGGAUGACUCGGGGUCUUCAUCCAGCUUCGAGCCUUUGACUCAACUCGCCAUUGCCUACUCGCUAGAGUCCUGCCGUGAGCUUUAAGCGGUUUUCUCUUUCUCCUUCUGCUUUUCCUUUUCCAUUUCUUUCUGCUUCUCCUUCUCCUUCCGCUCCUGCUCCUCUUUCUCCUUCUCCUUCUUCUUCUGCUCCUCAGCCGCCGCAGCGGCCUUAUCGGCA